AUGGCAGGUCCUCACGCUAAAGCAUACAUGGGCUGGUGGGGAAACAUCGGUUCCCCCAAGCAAAAGAAUGUCGCUACCUACACCGUGUCUCCAUACGCGACCAAGCCUUUGAAGAACAACUUGUACAACGCUGUCUUCAACACCUUCAGAAGAACCAAGAACCAGGCUUUGUUCAUCAUCAUUCCUGCUGUUGUUGUUUGGAAUGUCUGGGUUGUUGCCAGAGACUACAACGAGUUCUUGUACACCAAGGCUGGUAGAGAGGAGUUGGAGAGAGUCAACGUUUAA